CCCACUAGUCCAAGCAAAGUAUCAUUGCAUUUUUUUCACUCCCACAUCUCAGUUAUCUCACCAUCCCUUUCCUCUCACACACAGAAUCACAAACCAGUUCUGUCAAACUCUCUCAUUUACAUCCAUGACUACUACUGCUAUGCUCAUUCUGAGCUUCCUCCAUCUUGUAAUUUCAGUACUAAUUCCAUCAACUUCAGGUAACACAUGUAGAUCCUACUGUGGAAACAUAACCAUAGACUACCCCUUUGCCAUCCAUCCCGGGUGUGGCCACCCGGGUUUUCGAGACCUCCUGUACUGCAUCAACGAUGUUCUUAUGUUCCACAUUAGCUCAGGAUCCUACAGGGUUCUGGAGAUAGACUAUGCUUACCAAGCCCUCACUCUACAUGACCCUCACAUGUCAACUUGUGACACCAUUGUGCUAGGUGCAAAGGGUAACGGCUUCGCAGUGGAGCAAUGGCGGGCGCCUUACAUGAAUCCGUCCGCCGAUAAUGUGUUCAUGCUGAUAGGCUGCUCAGCUCAGUCGCCACUCUUCCAAGGCUUCCCAGGAAAGCACUUGCCAUGUAGAAACGUUUCGGGAAUGAGCUGUGAGGAGUACUAUGGUUGCCCUGCUUGGGACCUUCUGGGCCAUAGAAUGGUGGGCUCCAAGUUCGGGUCAGGCCCACCCGAGUGUUGUGCUGUGCCUUUUGAAUCUAUCAAGUCAGUUAACCUCAGUAAGCUUCAGUGUGAAGGAUACAGCAGCGCUUACAAUCUUGCACCAUUGAGGCUUGAUGGGGCUAAUGGAUGGUCUUAUGGGAUCCAUGUGAAGUAUUCUGUUCAAGAAAAUGAUGAGUUCUGUAGGGCGUGUGAGGCUACCGGCGGCACCUGCGGGUAUGGUACCGAUGGCAUUAGGCAAUUAUGCAUGUGUGGGAGCACAAAUUCGACAUCAAACUGCGACUCUGUGAAAUCAUCAUCAGGAAGAACAUACUCAAACGGAAACACAGUCACAGGAGUACUGAUGUGUUUGCUAGCUUGGAUUGCAAUUUAGUUCUUUCACUAUUCUAGAUAUGGAUUGCAGUAUCAGCAUCGGUGAGGCUUAUAUCAUGAUGUAAAUGCCAGGGUUACUCAUAUGUUGGACUGAGAGAGUUG